AUGCCUGCCUCACAACGAGACGACCUCCUCGCCGCGGCCCAAGCAUUCUGCAACUCCUUCGCCAACAAGGAAGCACCUGCCAAAAUCCUCAGCCAUUUCUCGUCUUCCGACGACGUCCUGGCCUUGGAGCAUGGCCUGCCUCAAUUGGCGCCGUUCCUAGGCCGUGAGUUUCGAGGACAAGAGGGUUUGGAGGCCUACUUUCAACUCCUGUCUUCGCACCUGAAGUAUGAAGACAUGAAAUUCGGCAACUUCGUCGUCGACGCCGAGGUUUCCAAGGUAUCAGUGCGAGGCGAAGCAACCUUUACCUGGAUCAGCACUGGCCAAUCGUGGGAUGAAGUCUUCACCUAUGUGCUCGAAUUCGAUCAGGACAGCCGAGUCUUGGUCUACGAGGUCUGGGCCGAUAGUGGCGCCGCCUAUCUAGCCAGCAAAGGCCAACUCAAUCAAUAG